UUGGGGGCGUGGCAGCUCGGAGGGUGGGCGGGCCUGCUGGAGUUUGGAGUGGUUACUGCAGUCCCAGUCGUGAAGAAAUCUGGCUUCAGCUUGUGCUGCGAGCGGUACUGAGUGUGAUCAAUCUUCUUAAUCUUCAGAGACAGAUCCCACCUUACUCCCUCAGCCAGGCCUCAAGGCCCCCUUGUGCAUUUGUGGUGGCAUCUCCACUCUCCCUGUUCUCCUGUUCUCCUGCACAUGGCCUAGACAUGAGUGGCCCCCUGGAAGGGGCUGAUGGGGGAGGGGACCCCAGGCCAGGAGAAUCCUUUUGUCCUGGAGAAGUCCCAUCCCCUGGACCCCCACAACACCGCCCUUGCCCAGGUCCUGGCCUGGCUGAUGACACUGAUGCUAACAGCAAUGGCUCAAGUGGCAAUGAGUCCAAUGGGCAUGAAUCCAGGGGUGCAUCCCAGCGGAGCUCACAUAGCUCCUCCUCUGGCAAUGGCAAGGACUCUGCCCUGUUGGAGACCACUGAGAGCAGCAAGAGCACAAACUCGCAGAGCCCAUCCCCACCCAGCAGUUCCAUUGCCUACAGCCUCCUGAGUGCCAGCUCAGAGCAGGACAACCCAUCUACCAGUGGCUGCAGCAGUGAACAGUCGGCCCGGGCAAGGACCCAGAAGGAACUCAUGACAGCACUUCGGGAGCUCAAGCUUCGACUGCCACCAGAACGUCGGGGCAAGGGCCGCUCUGGUACCCUCGCCACACUACAGUAUGCACUGGCCUGUGUCAAGCAGGUGCAGGCCAACCAAGAUUACUACCAGCAGUGGAGCCUGGAAGAGGGUGAGCCUUCUGCCAUGGAUAUGUCCACUUAUACCCUGGAGGAGCUGGAACACAUCACAUCUGAGUACACGCUUCGCAACCAGGAUACCUUCUCCGUGGCUGUUUCCUUCCUGACAGGCCGAAUUGUCUACAUUUCUGAGCAAGCAGGUGUCCUGCUACGGUGCAAGCGGGAUGUGUUCCGGGGUGCCCGCUUCUCAGAACUCCUGGCUCCUCAGGAUGUGGGUGUUUUCUAUGGCUCCACUGCCCCAUCGCGUCUCCCCACCUGGGGUGCUGGGGCCUCUGCAGGUUCAGGCCUCAAAGACUUCACUCAGGAGAAGUCUGUCUUUUGCCGUAUCAGAGGUGGUCCUGACCGGGAUCCAGGGCCUCGGUACCAGCCAUUCCGCCUAACCCCAUAUGUGACCAAGAUCCGGGUCUCAGAUGGGGCCCCUGCGCAGCCAUGCUGCUUGCUCAUUGCAGAGCGCAUCCACUCGGGUUAUGAAGCUCCCCGGAUCCCCCCUGACAAGAGAAUCUUCACUACACGGCACACACCCAGCUGCCUUUUCCAGGAUGUGGAUGAAAGGGCUGCCCCACUGCUGGGCUACCUGCCCCAGGACCUGCUGGGGGCCCCAGUGCUGCUCUUUCUGCAUCCUGAGGACCGACCUCUCAUGCUGGCCAUUCACAAGAAGAUCCUGCAGUUGGCUGGCCAGCCCUUUGACCACUCCCCUAUCCGCUUUUGUGCCCGCAAUGGGGAGUAUGUCACCAUGGACACCAGCUGGGCUGGCUUUGUACAUCCCUGGAGCCGUAAGGUGGCCUUUGUGUUGGGUCGCCACAAAGUACGCACGGCUCCGCUGAAUGAGGAUGUGUUCACUCCCCCGGCCCCCAGCUCGGCUCUGUCCCUGGACUCUGAUAUCCAGGAGCUCUCAGAGCAGAUCCACCGGCUGCUGUUGCAGCCUGUGCACAGCUCCAGCCCCACUGGGCUCUGUGGAGUUGGCCCUGUGGUGUCCCCAGGUCCUCUUCAUAGCCCUGGCUCCUCCAGUGAUAGUAAUGGGGGUGAUGCUGAGGGGCCUGGGCCUCCUGCUCCAGUGACUUUCCAGCAGAUCUGUAAGGAUGUGCAUCUGGUGAAGCACCAGGGGCAGCAGCUUUUCAUUGAGUCCCGGGCUCGGCCUCCACCCCGGCCUCGCCUCCCUGCUACAGGAACAUUCAAGGCCAAGGCCCUUCCUGCGCAAUCCAGAGACCCAGAGCUGGAGGCUGCGCCUGCUCCCAUCCAAGCCCCAUUAGCCUUGGCCCCUGAGGAAGCUGAGAGGAAAGAAGCUUCCAGCUGUUCCUAUCAGCAGAUCAACUGCCUGGACAGCAUCCUUAGGUACCUGGAGAGCUGUAACAUCCCCAGCACGACCAAGCGAAAAUGUGCCUCCUCUUCCUCCUAUACUGCCUCCUCAGCCUCUGAUGAUGACAAGCAAAGAACAGGUCCAGUCCCUGUGGGGGCCAAGAAAGAUCCACCACCAGCAGUGCUGUCUGGGGAGGGGGCCACUCCUCCGAAGGAGCCAGUGGUGGGAGGCACCCUGAGCCCACUCGCUCUGGCCAAUAAGGCAGAGAGUGUGGUGUCCGUCACCAGUCAGUGUAGCUUCAGCUCGACCAUCGUCCAUGUGGGAGACAAGAAGCCCCCGGAGUCGGACAUCAUCAUGAUGGAGGACCUGCCUGGUUUAGCCCUGGGCCCGGCCCCAAGCUCGGCCCCCAGCCCCACAGUAGCUCCUGACCCAGCCCCAGAUGCCUACCGCCCAGUGGGCCUGACGAAGGCCGUGCUGUCCCUGCAUACACAGAAGGAAGAGCAAGCCUUCCUCAGCCGCUUCCGAGACCUUGGCAGGCUGCGUGGACUUGACAGCUCUUCCACAGCCCUGUCCGCCCCUGGCGAGCGAGGCUGCCACCACGGCCCCCCACCCCCCAGCCGCCGACACCACUGCCGAUCCAAAGCCAAGCGCUCACGCCACCAUCAGACCCCCCGGGCUGAAGCCCCCUGCUAUGUCUCCCACCCCUCAUCUGUGCCCCCCUCUGGCCCCUGGCCACCCCCACCAGCUACUACCACCUUCCCAGCAGUGGUCCAGCCCUACCCGCUCCCAGUGUUCUCCCCUAGAGGAGGCCCCCAGCCUCUUCCCACUACCCCCACCUCUGUGGCCCCUGCUGCCUUCUCUGCCCCCCUGGUAACCCCAGUGGUGGCCUUGGUGCUCCCUAACUAUCUGUUCCCCACCCCAUCCAGCUAUCCCUAUGGGGUUCACCAGGCCCCUGCUGAGGGGCCUGUCACCCCUGCCUCCCACUCACCUUCACCAUCCCUGCUGCCGCUGCCCCCCAGCCCCCCACACCGCCCAGACUCCCCACUGUUCAACUCAAGAUGCAGCUCUCCACUCCAGCUCAACCUGCUGCAGCUGGAGGAGCCCUCCCGCACUGAGGGGGGUGCUGUUGCAGUGGGCCCCGGGAGCAGUGCUGGGCCCCCACCUCCCAUCGAGGAGGCCACGGAGCCCGAGACCAGACUGGUGGAGGUGACGGAGUCCUCUAAUCAGGAUGCGCUGUCUGGCUCCAGUGACCUGCUGGAGCUCCUGCUCCAAGAGGAUUCUCGCUCUGGCACAGGCUCUGCAGCUUCGGGCUCCCUGGGCUCCGGCUUGGGCUCUGGCUCUGGCUCAGGCUCCCACGAGGGCGGCAGCACCUCAGCCAGCAUUACCCGAAGCAGUCAGAGCAGCCACACAAGCAAGUACUUUGGCAGCAUUGACUCUUCAGAGGCUGAGGCUGGGGCUGCGCAGGCCAGGGCUGAGCCUGGUGACCAGGUCAUUAAGUAUGUGCUCCAGGAUCCCAUCUGGCUGCUCAUGGCCAAUGCUGACCAGCAUGUCAUGAUGACCUACCAGGUGCCCUCCAGGGACAUGGCCUCUGUGCUGAAGCAGGAUCGGGAGCGGCUCCGGGCCAUGCAGAAGCAGCAGCCUCGGUUCUCAGAGGACCAGCGGCGGGAACUGGGUGCUGUGCACUCCUGGGUCCGGAAGGGCCAGCUGCCUCAGGCCCUUGAUGUGAUGGCCUGUGUGGACUGUGGUAGCAGCACCCAAGACCCUGGCCACUCUGAUCAUCCACUGUUCUCAGAGCUGGAUGGACUGGGGCUGGAGCCCAUGGAGGAGGGCGGGGGUGGAGGUGAGGAUGAGGGUGGUGAGGAGCCCCAAGCCCAAACUGGGGCCAAGGUCUCAGGCCCUCAGGACUCAGCCAUGGAGGAGGAAGAACAAGGUGGGAGCUCAUCCAGGCCAGCCUUACCUGCUGCAGAAAGUGGCACCAGCUAGACUCCAUCCGGGGCCACUUCCCGGGGCCUUUGCGAGGCUUCCCUUUCCCAUGUUGCUACUUACACGUGGCUGGACCAACCAGUAGGAAACUGCCCCAGCUUCUCCCAUUGUAGGGGGCAGGACCCCCAUCAUCAGUUUAGGAUACAGGGGCUCCUUCUGGCCUCUUAAGGGAACAGAGGGUGGAACUUUUUAGCCCACCCCAGAGGAAGGUCACCCCUCUUAACCUGGUGAGGAGCCUGCUUCCCCGGGUAAGGUUGCUGAUAAGCUGCUGCAGUGUUCUCUCCAAAUCCCCGCUGAGCCUGAAUCUGGUCCCGAAGGUUGGGGCUGCACUUAUUUAUUGGGGGAGACAGCUUGCUCUCCUGCUCCUUCCCCACAUGGGAGGAGGGGAGCCUGGGGCCCACGCAGAAUCUGGAGGUUUCAACCCCUAGCUGCUCCAGGGUGGAGGAGGUUGGUGGACCAUGGAGUCCCUGGUGCUGACCCUCAGGUGGGACCCAGGCGUUCUCAGCUCUACCCUCUACCAAUGGCAUUUGUGUUUUUGAUAUUGUGUCUGUUAUUUUUUAAUACAAAAAGAAAAAAAAAUCA